AUGGGGGUGUUGGAAAGUCUGCUCUUACGAUUCAAGUAUUUCUACACUUUUCACGAGCCUGUUAAGUAUUUUCAGCGGAUGUUUCACGAGGAUCAUGAUCCUACCAUCGAAGACUCAUACAUGCAGAACAAAGAAAUCGAUGGAGAAUGGUGUGUUAUGGACGUUUUAGAUACCGCCGGCCAAGAAGAAUUCAGCGUCAUGCGAGAACACUAUAUGCGAAAAGGCCAGGGUUUUAUCAUCGUAUUCUCUGUGACAGACCCGCAGAGUUUUGCCCAAGUCCGGCGGUUUCACACUCAAAUUUUGCGAGCCAAAGAUCGGGAAACCUACCCUAUGAUACUGGCAGCAAACAAAAUUGACCUCGUGCAACAAAGGCAAGUUACGGAAGAACAGGGCUUGAGUCUAGCCAACGAACUAAAGGUUGAAUACAUGGAAACCAGCGCCAAAGAUCCUCCAGUGAAUGUCGACAAUUUAUUUCACGAUUUAGUCCGGAUUAUCAGGCGGCAACCGGUCUUACCUCCACCUCCACCCCCUAAACCCAUUCAGAAGAGGGUCCGGUGUUCCAUACUGUAA